AUGCAGCCCUACUAUACCCAUCGGCCACGACACGACAUGCCCUCCAAGACCAGGACCGCCGGUCCACGCACGCCCGCCCGCCUCUCCCCAGACAUCACCGAGAUCAUCCCCCGCCUCUACAUGUCCGACCUCUCGUGCGCGGAGAACUCCGCGCUCCUCGCCGCGCUGGGCAUCACGCACGUCCUCUCCGCGAUGCGCGGCGCCGUGGCCGUCCCGCCGUCCGUCCAGCAGAAGCAGAUCCCGCUCGAGGACCACCCGUUCGCGGAGCUCGCCGCGCACCUGCCGGGCGCGACGUCCUUCGUGCGCGACGCCCUGCGCGACGGCGACGCGCGCGUGCUCGUGCACUGCGCGCAGGGCGUCAGCCGCAGCGCGAGCGUCGUCUCCGCGUUCCUCAUCGCGCAGUACGGCUGGACGCCCCAGCAGGCGGUGCAGUAUGUGAAGGAGAAGCGCGCCGCGGCCGAGCCCAAUUUUGGCUUCGUGGCCCAGCUGCAGGAAUACGCCGACUCGAUCAAGGCUGCUGGGAGCUGA